AUGCAAUCCACACCAGCACCGAAUUUGCAUAAUCCUCGAUUGAGCACAAGUUCAUAUUCGUCUUUAUCAGCGACGACCACUGCACUUCUCAACGGUCUUCUAUCUCCACAUCGAUUAUCUCAAACAUCGGGCAGUGCACCCGUGUCCGCAGUCAAUAAAUUACAAAAGACUACGAAUCGACUGAAACGAACUGAAAGAAUCAAGCGUGGAUGUGUAAUUCUUGUUUUAACUCUUCUGCUAGCCUUCUUACUCUUAAUUACUGUUGAAUUAACAACAAAACUUGUUAAAGCACAAGCGAAAGGAAAUCUUGUGAGAUAUUCAAAUUUAACUACAACGAAUAGAACGAAUGAAUACGAAACAGCUCCUCCUAUCCGUGCAUUUUUUACAUGUGUUUGGAUUUUCAAUAGUUUCUUACUCAUAUCUUGUUUUAUCGUACAUUUAAUCGCUGUUCAACGUCGUUCAAUUCGCUGGCGAACCACAGCUGUCUUUCUCAGAGAAUUUGGUCAAAUAUUUGACAAUAGAAAAUCAUCAUCAAAUAAUACGCUAAUCGAUUGUUUAAUUAAAACUUGCUUAUUAUGUUUUCUCUGGUAUUCAUCAUCGUAUUUAAUCUUUCGUUCCAUGUCGAUUCUUAUUUCUAUGGAAAUUAUCAUUAUUUAUUCAAUCACAAUAACAGCACGGCAAUUUCUCGGAUGGAUUUUUUUACACGAACAAUUCAUCGGAAAUAAGAUUAUUGCGUAUAUACUUGGCUCAUCGACAUUACUUCUACUUGCACAUGCCAACGGAUUUCGUUUAAACACAUUUUUACUUGGUCUUUCAAUGUUAACAAGUGGCGUUGCAUUAAAAACAACCUUUGAUAUUCUUGUCAAUGGGUUUAUUCCCGAUUUAACUAGUGCAAAGUUAAGAGUUGUCAUGAUCAAUGUAUUUUUCUGUGGAACGUUUUUCCUAUGGCCGUUCAUGGUGGUUUUACAUCUGCUCGGAAUCGAACGGUUGGAUUUUAAACAUAUUCAAUGGUUAAUAACUAUUUUAACAUCAAUCUGUGCACUACUAUUCAAUGUAUUAAUCAUUGUUAUUCCAUUUAAGUACAGUUCAAUAGCUAAUGUGGGCUGUUUACUUGUCGCUAUUCCAGCAACUUCUAUUAUUGAUCAACGUGCAUUGAAUACAACUUAUCCACCAUUGGUUCUUUCAGCUAUUGUAUGUUCAUUUAUCGGUACACUUUUAUCUAUGGUGCCGAAGCAAUGGUUUCAAACGAAUGACAGAACGAAAGGAAAGCAAACAUUUGGAUUACUGCAUAAAGAUUCCACUGGCAAUGCGAACAUGAUGACAGCACUUACUGGCGGAGCAUCGGCACUAGAUGAAAUACGUGCUCAGCGUCGUAUUCGAAAUGCACUUUUGUAUAAUGAACUGAAAACGUGA